GGGGUGGUGUUUCCUCUGUGUGAGGGGGGCGGUGUACAGGGUUGCACAUUUCCGGCGGCUGUCGCCUAGAAGCCGAGGCUGGUGUUGGCAGUGUGUAGUGGAGAGCGAUGUGGUCUCUGUUGAUCUCAGUGAGAGGUGUGCGAUGUACAGGGAGUCGCUCAGUUUCCAGCGUAAUACCUAUGCUUCAGAAGUUGUCCUUUGGCAACCAACAAAGCAGACAUGGCAGCACAGCAGCCAGAACAAGAAGACUACGGGCAUACUCAACUUCUCAAACAGUGGAUCCUACUGAGCUGAAGAAAUUUCAGGCUUGGUCAGCAAAAUGGUGGGAUGAAGAAGGAAUAUACAAAGCUCUGCAUGCCAUGAAUGAUAUCCGUGUACCCUUUGUAAGAGAUGUUCUUAUGAGCAAAAGCUAUCAUGAUGUUGGGUGCCCUCUGUCUGGCAUAAAAAUCCUUGAUGUUGGCUGUGGUGGAGGACUUUUAUCUGAGCCACUUGGAAGACUAGGUGCUGCAGUUACAGGAAUUGACCCUUUGGAAGAUAAUAUUAGAACAGCGAUGCUUCAUAAGUCAUCUGAUCCUGCCUUAGACAAGCUCAUCCAAUACAAGCCUUGCGCACUGGAAGAGGUUGCAGAGCAGGAUAUUGAAUCUUUUGAUGCGGUUGUGGCUUCAGAAGUUGUAGAACAUGUGAAUAAUAUUGAGGCCUUCAUCCAAAGCUGUUUUCAUGUACUUAAGCCAGGUGGUUCACUGUUUAUCACAACCAUAAAUAAAAGCAAGAUAUCCUAUGUUCUUGGCAUAGUGCUAGCAGAAAAGGUCAUGUCCCUUGUUCCAGAAGGUACUCAUGAUUGGGACAAGUUCAUCCCACCUGAAGAGCUUGAAAGACUACUUGAAUCAAAUGGUUUUGUGGUAGAUACACUGAGGGGAAUGCUGUACAACCCCUUUACGGGAUCCUGGAGGUGGUUUGAUGACACCAGCAUUAACUAUGCAGUUCAUGCAUUGAAGACUGUGCGCCAAGAACAGACCUCAGAUAUAGACUUUGAACAAGAACAGGACAUGCCUAAGGCUGCAAAGGCAUCUAUAUAAUAGUGUGAACCAAGCAUUAUUUUCUAAACCAUUAUGUUCUGCUUUCGCCAAGACUCGAUCAAGUGGAUGCUGUUGCAGAGCCUUCUUCUGUCUCAUUAAGACACAGAUAUAUAUUUAUUUAUUCUGCUAAAGGUGCAUUGUUGUUGUGUUAUAAGUUGCAUUUGAUUUCUCAAAUAAUGGACAGUGCUGCUUUUUAAGGUAUAUCUAGUGUUCUUUUAUAAAACAUGUUUGUUUAUAUAA